UCAUAUGACGCCUUCCAACCCAAAGCUCCAACAAGUCAAGGACCUCUCCGUGAGCCCGUCUGUCCGCCCUCAUCUUCCCUGCUCCUCCGGCGACCAUGGCCGUGUCCAUGGCGAUGUCCAGAGCUCUGGCCGUGCGCCAGCCGAACCAUUUUCGCCACCGCCUCGUGUCGACGAGCUCCCAGCAGGCGUCACCGCCGCGGCUGCCUCUAACAUCCCCUCGCAGGCCAAGCCUCGCGCUAUCCGCGCGCCCGCGGAUGCUGCCGGCGAGACCCAGGCUCUCGGCAAGCGAAUCGGACCUCUCCCCGACGCCGCCCUCGGAGCGCACCAUGACGGCCUGGGACCUGGCAAGCCUCUGGAUCGGCCUCGUGGUCGGCGUGCCGUCCUACUACCUCGCCGGCAGCCUCGUCGACCUCGGCAUGUCCGCGCUCCAGGGCGUCGCCACCGUCGCCUUGGCCAACCUCGUCGUCCUCGUCUGCCUCGUGCUCACGGCCGCGCCGGCGGUCACGCACGGGCUGCCGUUCCCGGUGCUCGCGCGCGCCACGUUCGGCGUGCGCGGGGCGCACGUCCCGGCCGUCAUCCGCGCCCUCGUCGGCUGCGGGUGGUUCGGCAUCGAGUCGUGGAUCGGGGGCCGCGCCGUCUUCCUUCUGCUGCCAUCAGCUCUCAAGUCGUACCAGCCGCUGCUCACGCCGGUGCCCGGCCUCGGCGCGGCGCCGCUCGAGUUCGCCUGCUUCCUGGCCUUCUGGGCCGCGCAGCUCGGCGUCAUCAUGAACGGCAUGGAGGGCAUCCGCAAGCUCGAGAGGUACUCGGCGCCGGUGCUCAUCGUGCUCACCUCCGCGCUGCUCACCUGGGCAUACGUGUCCGCCGGCGGCUUCGGGCGCAUCCUCUCGCUGCCUCCCAGACUGACGGGCGCCGAGUUCUGGAAGGUGUUCUUCCCGGCGCUCACGGCGAACAUUGGCUUCUGGGCCACGGUGGCCAUCAACAUACCGGACUUUGCGCGGUACGCGCGCAGCCAAGCGGACCAGGUGCUCGGCCAGGCAGGGCUGCCGGUGUUCAUGGGCAUGUUCACCUUCGCGGGGCUCGCCGUGACCUCCUCCACGGAGGCCAUAUUCGGCCACAUCAUCUCCGACCCAAUCGAGCUCCUCGGGCGCAUCGGCGGGCCGGCGACGACGGUCCUCGCCAUCUUCGGCAUCAGCCUCGCGACCAUCACAACCAACAUCGCCGCCAACGUCGUCGCGCCGGCGAACGCGUUCGUCAGCAUGAGCCCGCGGAGGUUCACGUUCGCGCAGGGGGCGCUCAUCACCGCGUUGCUCGGCAUCGCCUGCCAGCCAUGGCGGCUGCUCAGCUCCAGCGAGAGCUUCGUCUACACCUGGCUGCUGGGCUACUCGGCGCUCAUGGGCCCCAUCGGAGGGGUCAUCCUCGCCGACCACUACAUUGUGAGGCGCACCGCCUUGGACGUCGACGCGCUCUACUCGGAGGACAGGGAGAGCCCCUACUAUUUCCAGGGUGGUUUCAACGUCGCCGCCAUGGUGGCCAUGGUGGCCGGAGUUGCGCCUAUCAUGCCAGGAUUUCUUCACAAGGUUGGCGUUCUGCCGAGUGUCUCCAGUGCACUUGUCGCAGCCUACAACAAUGCCUGGUUUGUGAGCUUUUUCGUCGCCGGCACCCUCUACUGUCUGCUCUGUCGCCGGAGAGGCGGUGAAGUGAAAUACCAAAGCAGUUGAUGCUAAAGUGGGCUUACAGGAAACCUUUGGAAUUUGAAAGAGGGUUUCUGAAUGGCACGCUGAAGAAAAUAAGGCGUACGUAACACAUUCACAGUUCUUGCCCAAAAUGAAAUCGAGUGGAGCUUCCAUGCGGUUUGUAAAGUACUCCAUGUGUUCAUAAAUAUAAGAUGUUUAAACUUUUUCUGUA